UUCAGUUUUCAGUUCUGCCAACGUAAUAAUUUCACUAAAUAUGUAUUUAUUUUUUAUUUAGUCGGUUAGUCCAUAAAUGUCGUUGUUAAUAAUUUGGUCUUCAAUACCUUGUAAUUUCCUCGGAAUUAACUUUUAUGUUUUCCAACCGAAUAUCGUUUUGCGAGUACAGCGUCGCUGUAUUCCGACCUUGUAGUUCGUGAUGAAGUCGAAGUUGCGCAACAUGGCGAGCUAGACUCAGCUGUGCUCGGACGGAGACUCUGUUUCGGUGACUGACACGCUCUAGUUAACAGUAUUUUAAAGUUAACAGUUAUCAUAAGUCGGUUUGAGCCUUCGGUAAAGGUGAUGGGACUGGCAGUGCUGUCGUGUGGCUAACCAGCGCAGGACUGUGCGCGCCGAACUCCGCGAAUACUCGGUUCCGUUCCGUCGCGCGCAUCAAUCCGACAAGCUGGAGCGCCUGCCGGAGUACCUGCGGGACACAGUCGACUGGUUCAUGGGGUGCCGCCCCCGCCCCCCUCCCCGCGCCGCGCCGCACGAGUGGCGCGACGUCACUGCCGUGCCGAUCUAUGGCCGAUAGCGAUAACCGCAGUGCUCGAGCACGGCCGAGCCCGAGGAGGCGGGCGUCGACGUAGACACGCUAGCGCGCGUAGGGCGUCCUGCGGCACGGCGGCGGACGGUCCGUCGGCGGACGACAUGCUAACUGUACUGUCCGUUGUUGCAGGUGAGUGAGCCGCCGCGCGCAUGUCGCGUCAUGCUGGACUGCCUCUGGAAGGCGCGGCGCAAGGAGCGCGAGGGCGAGGCGGCCGACCCCAAGCUGUACCUGCAGGAGGCGCUGCUGGAGCGCAAGCUGCCCGAGCUAGACGUGCGCGCGCUGGUGGAGCUGCCGCGCGGGCUGGACCUCAACGAGUGGCUGGCGUCGCACACGCUGGCGCUGUUCGAGCACGUCAACCUGCUGUACGGCGCCGUGUCCGAGUUCUGUUCGGCGCGCGCGCCCGCCUGCGCCGACAUGGCGGGCCCGGGCGGCCGCUCGUACGCGUGGUACGACGAGCGCGGCAAGAAGUCGCGCGUGGCGGCGCCGCAGUACGUGGACUACGUCAUGACGCACGCGCAGCGCACGCUGCACGACGAGGCCGUGUUCCCCACCAAGUUCGCCAACGAGUUCCCGCCGCACUUCGGCGCCGCCGUGCGCCGCGUGCUGCGCCUGCUGUUCCACGUGGUGGCGCACCUGUACGCCGCGCACUUCCGCGAGCUGGCGCUGCUGCGCCUGCACGCGCACCUGCACCUCACCUUCGCGCACCUCACCGCGCUCGACCGCCGCUUCGCGCUGCUCGACCCCAAGGAGACCGAGGUGCUGCGUGACCUGGAGGUGGCGCUGCGGCUGUCGGAGCCGGGCGGAGCGGGCGCGGGCGCGGGCGCGGGCGCGAGCGAGCCUGGCGGCGCGGAUGACUCGCCGCGGCGGCGCUCGCCUGUGGUGACGCAACCGCUGUCGUCGGCGUGACCGCGCAGGCGCGCGAGCAUGCGCGGGCACCGGAUCGGGAGCGGGCGCAGGCGACGCGGAAGAGUGGCCGCCACGACUCUUGUCGCCAUGACCGCGCGGGCGGGCGAGCGUGCGCGGGCGUGGCGUCCUGAGCGAGCGCGGACGACGAGGAAGAGUGGCCGCGCCGGCACGGCGCUCGCCCGUGGUCGUCACCACGGCCAACGGCUCUUGUGGGCGUGACCGCGCGAGCGCGGGGUCCGCGAGCGUGCGCGGGCGCGGUACCGUGAGCGACCACGGAAGACGCGGAAGAGUGGCCGCGCCGUUGUCGGCUAGACCGCGCAAGCGCGCGAGCAUGCGCGGGCGCGGGCCACGAGCGAGCGCUCGCCCGUGGUGACGCGGGCGCGGUCAAUUGUUAAUUCUAUUGUAAAUAUUUCGAUCUGUUAAGUAGUUUUAGGUGAUUACGAUUAGUUUAUAAAUUUGUGAUUGCUUUGGUUGUAAAUAAAAGUGAUAUUUGUUUAAACUAAUAAACUGAAAGCUUUAUGUC